UCGCCGAACAGCUGCAGAGACCCUGCGGGAUCUUACUUCUCUGAUUAUACUUUUACAGUCAUAAACAUUAAAUAGCUGCACAUCCAGUAAUGAAAUUAGAGUAGAAAAAACCGGAACGCUUUCUUCUCAGAAUCAAUUAACCUCGCGAAUACAAGCUACAGUUGUGUAAAUGGAGCGAACUGUCGGUUUACCCAGUCAAGCGGACAGACCCACCGUCACUUUGGUGGAAACCAGUAGGAACCCAAGUGGUAUAGUUAUGGUGAGCCCCUACCAGACCAACAGGGUUGGAGAUCCCAUGGACCUUGUUGCUCUGGGCUCAGCAGGUCCAGAAGGGAGAUGAACUUAUCAGAGCAAUGCUUGCAACAGGUUGACUGUCAUUGCUGACCAAAUAAGAUGCCUGCAGGAAAAAGCAAGAAAGGUGUUGGAGGAUGCCAAGAGAGAUGCAGAACUGCACCAUACAGCCUGCAAUGUUGUGAAGAAGGCAGGUGACACGUACUACCUGUAUGAGCGUGAGUCUGGACAGCGCUACUUCUCUAUUCUGUCCCCAAAGGAAUGGGGUCCUAGUUGUCCACACAAGUUCCUAGGAGCAUACAAACUACAGCACGACAUGUCAUGGACUCCGAUAGAAGAGCUUGAAAAGAGGGAUGGUGAAAUGAGUGUAAUGGAUAAGUUACUGGACAGUCAGGCAGCUCUGCCUACAUGCACAGGACCCAACUUUGAGGGUCUUUCAAAGUGAAGGGACACUGAUCUCAUGAUUGGCUAUUAUAGAGGCCUCGUGGGCUUAUGUGAGGUAGAAAUGCUGUACCUGGCAAAUUAAUAUUUAUUUAAUUUUUGGAAUGGGAAUUAACCUUUUAUAAUCACAUUAUCACUGUAAAAACAUGGCAGAUAACUGGACCAUACCAUGAAACUGUCACAAAGUCUCUAAAUAUACCUAAAACAACUUAAUACAUUUAUAUUUAAUUUAAUAAUUGUCAGACCAAAAUAAUCCUGUUUUCUAAUUUUGAGUCAAUAAUUUAAAAAAAAAAAAAAAAAAAAAAAAAAAAAAAAAAAAAAAAAGCAUGUACUGAGAUCUCGCAGCCUGAGCUAGGAUAUAUUUAUCAUGUCAAAUGCAUAUGCAGUGUGUAAUUACAUUUUAUUACAUCAUUCAUGACUUAUUUCAGUAUACAUGUCCAACAGUACAUAGUUUUGCAUAUAUCUAAAUUUGACAGGUCUCACAGGACUUAGGAAAGAAGUUGGGAAAGUAUCAAAAUAUAAUUUGUAGCUACAAUUAAAUUGUGAUACAAACAUGAUAAAACAGCAUAUUUAUUAAUUAAAAUCCAGCACUUGGCUAUAAUACUA